GUGAACGAUGAGGUUGAUGCUAGUUGUGAUACACAUCAGCCUGGUUGCAACCCAAAUGUGGGUAUCGGCGCAUUACAGAGACGAAGUCGAGGACAAUGAGUUUGCCGAAUUCGAGGACUUCCAAGAUGAUGACGAUAAGAUUGUUGUUGAAGAUAUUGGCCAGGGCCGGCCGUUGAAGCCAUUAUCGGCGAAUAUCAUCGACGACAAUGGCGAACAAGAGGACGAGGACGAGGAUGCAAUUGUUGAGGAUGAUGAUAAUGAAUUCGAUCAUUUUCAAGACGAGGAAGAAUUUGAGGGCUACGACAACGAUCGACUCGGUACUGGCAACAAAGUUGAUGACAAAGAAGUGCCCAAAAUCACAAUUACAAAGGUGCCGCUUCAUCUUCGGACAAAUUGGGACAGCUUCUACUUGGAAAUGCUGAUGGUAGCUGGUCUUGUCGUGUAUUUCUUGAACUUCUUCGCUGGAAAAUCUAAAAAUAAUAAGCUGGCGAAUAUUUGGUACUCAACACACAGAACAAUGUUGGAGGAAAAUUUUAGUCUUGUUGGGGAUGAUGGAAAAAUGGAGAACGAGGCUGGAGGUCUGAUGAAAGAGUCUGAGAACAUGUACAUGCUGUGGUGCAGCGGUCGAACAUGUUGUGAAGGCAUGCUGGUCGAACUCAAAUUCAUCAAGAGACAAGACUUGGUGGCGGUUGUUGCGCAGCUGAUGAGGCCCGCCCAUGAUCAGAUCCAUGUGCGCGUCGACAUGAACAGAGACGACAUGGACACUUUUGUGUUCUGUGUGGCUGCCAAGAAAACGGCUGCUCGGCUGUCCAAAGAUAUGGCUGAUCUGAGUGUCUACUGUCCAGAGCGGCGUUCUGGAGAUAAGUUCGGCCUGCCGUCGUCGUUCAGUCUGCUCAGUGAGAUGGCUGAAGUGAGUUCGGCAAUGCUCGACUCCAAGGUCGUCUCCACCAUCAACAAAUAUGCUGAUCUCAUCGAUUAUAUUCACUUCUCCGACCAGUUCUCAGGUCCUAAACAACCCGAAGACACAACUUUGGUGAAACUGCCGGACACUAAGAAGUCGUUGUUAUUUGGUUUCAAUGUGCCGGUUAAAGGCAAGUCGGCCUCUGAGGCUAUGGAACACAUUCGGCCACUCAUGCAGCUCGUCUUCUAUUGUAUGGAGAAGGUGAAGCGAUACCGGAUGGGCAAAGAGGCGAAGAACAAAGCGGACAAAAACCGCUUGCGCGUGGAAGAGGCUUUUCUGAAGACGACACACGCGGCACGCGCCGAAGCGGCCGCCGCCCGCCGGGAGGAGAAAAAGCGACUUGAAAAGGAGCGCAUUCUACUGGAGGACGAUCCUGAAAAGCAGCGUAAGUGGGAAGAGAGAGAGAUGAAACGGCAAAUGAAAAAGAAGGCUCCAAAAAUGAAGCAGCUCAAAGUAAAAGCUCUUUGAAUCGAUUUCAUCCUCACAUACACACACUUCUCUCGAUAACAAUAAUAAUAAUUCUGUAGUGUUCACUUUUUGUAAAUUUUUACCAUAAACUAGGAAAGUAGUUUCAAAUAGCUAUCUAUCGUAUAACUUAUUUUCAAGCUGUUUUAUCAAUUUUUCUUGAAAUAUUUGCUUUUGAACUUUGAAUGCUAUAACAAUUUCCACAUUAAAUGUAGGUUAAUAACCUAGAUAAUUGUUAUGUUAUGGCCUUUACUUAAGAAUUGGAUUCAAGAAAUUUUAUUAGUUUCAGAAGCCGGUUGCAAAAAAGCCGGCUAAAUUUCAACCGUGAUUAAUUCCACGAGAUCCAAUCAGAGAAGCCGUCUUUUCAAAAAAGCCUUCUCUGAUUGGUUCUCGUGAAAUUAAUCAGGGUUAAAAUUUAAUCGGCUUUUGUACAACCGGGCCCAGUAGUUACAAACAUCAAAUAAAUAAUAUACAAAAAUAGAACGCCGUUUUACAAAGUUUCAAAAUCAACAGCAGUUCAAAAGUUGAAAGUUAACAAUGUAUCUAGAAUACAUUAUAUUGUACAUUCCUUGAAAAGUAACAUGUUAUCUUGAAUGUAGCAUAAAUUAUGUUACAUUGAAAGAUAACAUAUACCGAACAAUCUAAAGAAGAUUCGCGAGUUGUCAUUCCCAAAGUAAAACAAAACAGACGUGAUCUUCUGAAGAACUGGAAAGAAGAACAAAAGAAAGGUGCUGGGAAAAAUAGCUUGUAACCUUUGGUCGUAGGAAUGUAUUGUGUUAGUAUUUCAACCUGUUGUCCCUUUUAGGGAUCUGAGACCUAACUACAAAAUUAACAUCAGAACAUAACAAUAAUUCUUUUGGUGACUGAUAGUUUAAUUGAAGAGGCAAUAAUUGAUCCCCAUUUUCCUGCCAACCUAUACAAGGCAGUACCUACACUGAGUAUCUUUUGCCAAAUGCAAAAGUUGAAAAAAAUAAAAAUAUCAGUACCAUUUUAUUGAUUCAUUAAAUGUUUCAAUUCAUAAAAGCCAAUUUCAAAUGAAAAACAUUUGAGAAUGGUUUUAAUGAGUUGAAACAUUUUAUGCACUAAUAAAAUAAUAUAUUAUAAGGGUACUACUGGAUUAUAUCACAGAGAAACAAUAGCGUAAGUAGAUAUCCCAUGGUAUAGGGCGUUUAUGUCGCAACUUUUACUGCUAUCUCAAGCCGAUUAUUGUAGAUUACUGUCGAUUUUUAAUGUUUUGGCGGGGUGAGAGUGUAUGAACGGCACAAUAUGAGAGACUAUUGUGAGGUCCACGUUAUAAUGGCAGUGUGUGAUUUGCAAUCGUGUUGCUAUCCUUGUCUAUCGUUCAACAAAGCAGAUGGCGCUAUCUCUUUCACGCAUUGCGAUGUUGCCACAUCGUUUAUCAACAAUGUAGAAAUUCAACUAAUUGACAAAAUAUUUUAUCUCAAUCAUGAAAAUUUAUUAUUUCAUCUUUAAAAAAUAUAUUUUCUGGCCAUAUAAAAUAUGAUUAACUAUUUUCAACAAUAAUGAACAGUUAAAUUGAUCAGAUAUACCAGUAUCAGUUUGGGUGGCAAGGCUGAGAUCUGGCAACCCUUUUCUCCUACACUGCCAUUAUAACGUGGACCUCACUAUAUCAGCGUCACACAGCAUCAUGGGGAAGAACUACGUUGACUAUGGGCUUGAGUGAUAACAGUAAAAGUUGCGACAUAAACGCCCUAUACCAUGGGAUAUCUACUUACGCUAUUGUUUCUCUAUGAUUAUAUAUUUAUUUUAUUUCAACUUAUGAGUUUGUUUGAAAAAUACUUGGAAAUAGAUUACUGCCAUGUUUAGGUUGGCAGGAGGAUCAAUUGCCAACUUGGCUGACUCAAUCAUUGGAAACUACAAAUCUUAUUUUGAGUUAUUUUUUGAAACCAGGCCUCAGGCCUCAGGUGUCUACCAA